AUGAAGCGGGGCGCACCCGCCACGAUCGAUAUCGAUGAUGAGACGAGGAUGCAGCUGCGGUCGGAGCUUCUGGCCACUUCGCGGGGUUCGAAGGCGAGCGUCGCCCGCAUCCUGCAGACGCUGAAUAGGAAAGGCAUGCUUAGGGGCGAGGAGCUCGGAGGACGAGAUGAGCUACGCCAGUGCAGGAUAGCAGCGGAGAUGCAUGGCCGCGCGAGGACGCCAUACGGACCUGUUGCGCAGACACUGGAUGUCCCAGGCAUCGGGCCGUGGGAAUAUGUACACCCAUUUGCGUUUCUGCACUAUAUGUUGACUGUCAGCGAAAAGUUUGCCAAUCUGCUGUCUGAUGCGCUCGACAAGGCACCUCUGUUUACUUGUAGCUUGGCGUUUUACGGUGGCGAGAUGACGUCAGGCAACCCUUUGAGAUCUGAUGUUGGGCGCCAGUUGUGGAAUGUUUAUUACGCCUUUCUGGAGCUAUCAGGCUGGCUCCUCCAUAGAACGGGGGGCUGGUUUUGCCUGGGCGGGGUUCGCACCAGGCUGGCGGAGAGAAUUCCUGGGGGAGUGAGCGCCCUCUUGAAGCAGAUUCUCGUCGCCAUGUUCGUUGACGGGCCUCAUAACUUCACGCGCGGCUUUGUUGUUCCCCAUGGGAGUGCCGUGCGGGUGUUUCGUGCUCGCCUGGUCGGUUUUAUGGCCGAUGAAAAAGGCCACAACGAGCUCUUGGCCAUUAAAGGGGCGGCAGGGCUGAAACCCUGCAUCUCGUGCACGAACGUGGUGAACUUUAUCCACAAGACUGGCUACGCCGACGGCCAGUACACCGUCGGACUGGACUGCGUAGAUAAAUCGAAGCUCAAGCAGCUGGACGACGACACGUUCUGGAGAAUGCACGAGAUCUUGGCAUCGCAGGUCGGGCAGAUAUCGACGUCGAAGAUUGCGGCGCUCACAUCGUGUUUGCAGAUGUCGAUGAUCGAUAUGUAUGAGAUUGCCGCCUACGCACGCUUGUGCAUCCAUCCCAAGUUGACCGCGUCACCUCACAAGCCAGAGUGGUUCACGGAGAACUUCAUAGCGAACGACCACGUGAAGCUGUUUGCGAGCGGCGUUCUCGGACUUUGCCCAUGGUUGCUGGCAUUUCUUCGGUGCAGGUGCUCUGGUCGCGUGCCCGCGGACCACGUUCGAUGUUUCGAGCUGUUAACGUUCAUGUUGGGGCCCCUAUCAGGAGAGGACGAUAUGACGGGCGCAUUGCACGCCACGCUUUCGGGGGCCAUUGCAGAGCACGCGGUACUGUUUCGCCGAUUGCACCAUACGUUUAGCAAUGUGAAGUUUCAGCAUUUGGUGCACGUGCCCGGCGACCUACUGCGACUGGGCAGGGUGAUUUCGUGCUUUGCGCCAGAACGGAAACACAAAGACGUGAAGACGAGCGUGGUACAUGUUUACAGCCAGGUCGAGCACACGACAACGUUUGGAUACUUAAACUGUUACGUUCAAGACGUUGUCGAGGGGCGGUUCCAGUUCGACGGGCAGCAUAUAUCGACGUCGAAGCGCCGUAUCGCAGGCACCCAGAUGGAUACGUCUACAGCGGCUGCGUUGAAGUGUGGUGGCGUGAAGAGGGACGACUACGUGCUCAUCCGCACUGGCGGUGCACUUCGUUUAGGUAGAGUUGUGUUGUUCUAUGCGAUGGACGAUUUCAUCGCAGUCCAC